CUGUCUUUGCAUGUUGUCUGAAAGAAACGAAACUAAAAGGUGUAACUUCCCAUUAUAAGGCGUGGCCUUCAAGUAUUAACUGAGCAUACUGUAUAUGUCUCUUAAACAGCUUUUUACUCAGUCUGAAUUUGUCAUCCACAAGGUGAGCAACAUAUUCCUUUCCUACUCUGUAUACCCAUCACUAAAAGCCAUCUUUAAUUUAAAAAUGACUAAAACAACAAACCUCUAAUUCUUCUCACCAGACUCCUCACCAUUUUAAUUCUUAGGAUUGUAUUUUGGAAUCAUGUGGGCAGAGAAUGUCUUGUAUCCAGGGGUGCCAUGUCUGUCAAAUUAUAUAGAACCAGUGGAUGGUAAUGUAUACCUAAUGUAUCACGGGACCUCUCUGUAUAAUGCAUAACUGAUUACCACCUUUGGAUUUCGACCAUCUGAAGGUGGCAUGCUGGGACGUGGUGUCUACCUCAGCCGAGAUCACAACAAGGCCAGCAGAUACCCCCUUAAUCUGUGUGAGUGUUAUAGGGUUGUUUUAAGAGUUUUGGUUAAUGUUGGACGAGUAAAAAGAAUUGACUGUCAAGGACAUCCACUGCAGAUGACCUGGCAUGACCAUGGGUAUGACACUGCCUGGUGCCCUCCAAAUUGUGGUAUGGUGCCAAGUGGCCUUGAAGAAGACUGUGUUUGGGAUCCGAGACAAAUUCAGAUCAUCGGCAUAAUUUACCCAAGAGUAGCCUGUAAAUUGUAAUGUAUACCUAAUGUACAGUAUCAUGGGACCUCUCAAACUGCGGCACAACAGAUCAAGUUCUUUGGCUUUUUUCCAUCUUAAGAUGGCAUGCUGGGACAUGGUGUCUACCUCAGCCACGAUCUCCAGAAGGCCAGCAGAUAUCCUCUUAAUUGUCCACUUAAUCGGCACAAUUAUGGGUAUGACACUGCCUGAUGUCCUCCAAACUGUGGCAUGGUAUCAAGUGGUCUUGAAGAAGACUGUGUUUGGGAUCCAAGACGAAUCACAGUUAUUGAUGAAUUUCCACCAUGCCUUCAAUGUGUAUAUCUCAGCCGAGAGCUAGACAAGGCCAGCAGAAAGACGGAUCAUGUACCAAUACAACAGAGAAGUGUUCUGAGAGUGAAGGCUAAUGUUGGGAAAGUGAAGAAGAUGGACUAUCAAGGUCACCCAAUGGAAAAAAUUGGCAUGAUCAUGGGUAUGACUGCCUGCUGA